AUGCCUCAGGCUGCCCUCCCUACGACCCGUUACAAGCCCGUGUCAUACACUGUUGCAUUUAAAUUUGAGAUUCUCUUUAUCGGCGCAAAGGAGCUCUGUGAACUAAAAUCUGCAUCGGUAACCAGCGAGGGCGAUUUGAAAAGGAGUUUGAUAAUACUUUGGGAUUUUCUGAUGACGACAACGACGAAAUGGGCGGACCACAAGCAUCGUCCUCGGAAGGAAAUUGUAACCAGAUUAAUAAGGAUAGAGGAACUAGGCGGUGUCAGAGCCGAGAAUGAGGAUAGAAGAGAUGCUGAAACUGCGUCACAAAUUCAUAGGAUUGCCCACUUGGAACAAAUAUUAGAAGAAGUAUUACGUCGGCUGCCAGUGUUCAUCUUCAACGGGAGAUUAAAUACAUUUACGAAACAGCGAACGGUAGCUGAGAUUCGACAGCUCAAAGGCCUGACUAUGUGCCAUUUUGCAUUGGCGCUAGAUUCAGAGGUGUACAAGGACGAGACUUUAGAGCUUGAAAUGCUUUGUUCAUUCAAAUUUUAUGAGAUUUCGACCCACCUUCGAGAAGGGACAUGGAAGAAGACGAAGGAGUUGUUGAACAGUAGAAUCAGAAGGCUAAGAAAAGCAAUACGAGACAAGCAAACCGCUCGUGUUUGCGCAGAGGCCCGCUAUGUCUCCUCAUCGUGGCAGGAGUGUGAAGAUGCCUCCGGCGGUGCUGCGGAUGCAUAUUACUUCGAGGACGAAUAG